CUCUCUGCUGCGCACAGACAGCCGGUGCGGCGAGGGAGAGGGAGGGAGAGAGAGAGGGAGAGCGAGAGAGCGCUGCUAUUACUAGUGACAGAAAAACGGCAGUGAGCACAUACAGUCUGGUGAGCGGUUGAUGCGACAAGAUGCUGAGCGUCGCCUUGCUCUGUGUGUGCGCCGUCGCCUUCGGACACGUCUCCGCUCGCUCCGACAGCGGCAAUUUUCUGGACGAUAAGUGGCUGGCCGGAAGAUGGGAUAAAUUCAGAGAUGAAGUGGAGGAGCCUGGAACAUGGACUCCAUCCAAGCCCUUCGAUCAAGCCCUUGAUCCAGCAAAAGACCCCUGUCUCAAGGUCAAAUGCAGCCGCCACAAGGUGUGCGUGGCUGAGGACUCCAGGACUGCCACGUGUGUGAGCCAGAGGAGAGUUAGUUUCAAAGAUGCCAGUUUGUACCAGAGUCCAGGAUCAAAGUGCAAACCCUGCCCUGUGGUUCACCCCUCUCCUGUUUGUGGCACCGACGGGCACAGCUACUCCACCAAGUGUAAGCUGGACUACCAGGCGUGCAUCACAGGAAAGAAGAUCGCCGUGAAGUGCCCCGGCAUGUGUCCUUGCCCUGCUCAGCCUGAGCUGAGCUCUGCAGAGAAGAAAGUUUGCAGCGAGUCUGACCUGAAGGAGGUGGUGAGCCGUCUGAGAGACUGGUUCAGAGUGCUGCAUGAGAACGGCAACCACAAGAGAGUCAAGAUCCAGAAGCCGGAGAAGAACAAGUUCGAGGUCGGGGCAUCACCCAUCUGUAAGGACCCUCUGGGCUGGAUGUUCUCCCGCCUAGACACAAACUUUGACCUCCAGCUGGACCAGUCAGAGAUCAAGAGCCUCUACCUGGACAGAAACGAGCCCUGCUCUGACGCAUUCUUCAAAUCCUGCGAUACACACACAGACAAAGUGAUAACCAGCUCUGAGUGGUGCACGUGCUUUCAGAGAUACACAGACUCUCCUUGUAAAGCAGAGCUGUCUGGUAUCAACAGAAAGCAAGCAGGGAAGAAACUGCUCGGUCAGUAUCUGCCAUCCUGUGAUGAGGACGGUUACUACAGGUCCCACCAGUGUCAUAGCAGCAGUGGCCAGUGCUGGUGUGUGGAUCGCUAUGGUAACGAGGUAGCUGGCUCACGCACACAUGGCCCUGCAAACUGUGGUGUCAUUUUGGAGUCUUCUGGAGAUCUCGGCAGCGGAGACUCACUCUUCACAGAUGAUGAUGAGGAUUCGUUUGUCCUCAAUGACCAGGCAGGGAUGGACGACGAGGACGAUGAAGAUGAGGAUGAUGAUGAUGACAAUGACGAGUAUCUGUCGUAAAAAAAGAAAACAAAAAAGAAAAAACUGUUUGUUUGGUCAAACUGCACGUUUCUAGGUGACUCCCCAGGCAGAUACUUAAUCGUACUAACAGCCUAUGGACUACUCUCUGUGUAUUGUUUGUUCAUUAGUUCAAAAAAUACUCCAGGCAAAUGUUUAUGAUUUCUCUUCCUCUCUAAGUAUAAAAUAUGAUUGGUUAAUGGCACUUGUUCACUUUUGUGUCAGCCAACCAGAGAACUUAACAAGGACUUAUCAACAGCCAAUCCAGUGCUUUGGAUUUGGUCACAUGUGCAAAGACCUCUCCCCUCAUUGGACAGUCCAUGUCUUCUAGUGUGUCCUGUCCUUGUGCAGCACUCUGAUGCCUGAGCGUGUUGAUGCCUGAGGCACCAUGUUUAAAGAGAUUCCCCCCCUUCUUCAUUCCUAUAUCCUCCCCCUCUCCCUCACCCUUUUUGCUCCUUAUCAAACGUUCCUGUGUAUAGGUGGGAUGUUGAAGAUGUAGAUAAGAGAAUAUUGCACUCUUUAGGUUUCUUUUCAUCUUGAUUUGUAACUGUGACUGUAACUGUGUGGAAUAACAAGAUAAGAUAAGAGUUAGACAUGCUUCAUUAGAAGAAUUAAGGCUAAAAAAAAAAAACAGUGUGAGUUGGAUAAUCAGAAGCGGCUUGCUUGCUGUUUUCACUGGAACACAAAUCAAGUUAAAUCAUCUCAAAGGCUUGGCUACAAAGGAAAGACAAAUUACUGCUUGGCCAGUGGUGUUAGGGGGAAAAUAUUAUGUUGUUUUUUUCUAAUCCAUUGUUGGAUGAAUAUAGAAGAUGAAACAGAUUUGUCAGAGCAUUACUAAUGCUGCGUGAUGUUGUUUCAGUCUGUAGAACCAGAGGCUUUCUGGAACUCCACAUAUAACAAAGCUGAAGCAUUAAAAUUCCCAAAAUCAUCUGUACACAUGAAACUGGACUUGAAUAGUUAUGGAGGGCUUCAAACACAAAACUACGUCAUGGAAAUGUUUUGAAUUUUUCAGCUGUGAGUGUUAGGCUCAUCGUGUAACUGAAUAAAUCUCUUGCACAGUAAUUAAACCACAGAGCCAUGCAGAAAAAUGUCUGGCAGGGGGGAUGGUGGGUAUGGUGUGCCUUUUUGUUGGGAAGGACAGAUGUAGGAGAAGCAUACUAACUGGUCUGACUUAAGCUUACACUGCAUAAGAGUGGCUUUACUGUAAAGCUAACAUACCAUUUGGGAUUUUGGUAUGGCUUGUGUUUUAUUGGUCUUGUGACAUAGGCCAUAUCUCAGAUCUUUUAAUUUGUGACAUAGGAUAGCUAGAAUGUAGAGAAGCACAGUUAUACUUAACAGUUAAGGCAUAAAAACACAUAGAUUCUGCUGGAUUUGAAACUGGUUUAUAUAUUAGAACACUGGCUAGAGGAAGCUUUGGUUUAGACAGCUUUAUAUAUUAAAAAUGAUCAUCUUACAGUGUUUUCUUUGUUUUGAAAGCUUCAUUUGUACUUGAUCUGCUCUAUUUACUUAUAGUGUAUAUCUGUAAGAGUCCCAGAUUUGUGUAUUCUUGCUGAAUCCUGUGACUGUUUAUGCAGACCUGGGAUUUGCUAAACACCUAUGUUCAUUUUCAAUAAUUAAUCUGCCAUCAGCUUCAUUUUUUUAAUCAAACAUUAGUUGAAAUUCCAUUUUAAGACUUGCAAAGUGCCAUCUAACUGUUCUGUAGUUUUUUUCUCCCAUCAGUCCUUUAACUUGGAGUUUCAAUUCACCUUUACGACAAACUGGAUAACCUUUCAGUCUUCAAAUGUGCUGUUUUCAUGAGCGUGAUGACAUGCAAAUCAUUUCGAUGACCUCAGACACUGUAGCCACUCUCAACCAAUCACACUGUCAUCACAGCUCUGAUAGUGUUUAAAGGUAAUGAUACAGAUGCAUUUUUUUACAGUGUAUGUAUGAUUUGCUGAAAUAAAAAGCUAUAUUGACCAAG